AUGCACCAAUUUCACCAAGGUGGUCGAGGCGGCCGACGGGGUCAUGUCGCGCCGGAUCACCGCGUUGCCAUCCGUAGUCCGCUGUUGGACGAGUUCCGAGCGAACAAAGAUAUCUACGGCUACAUCGUCGAGUUCAGUGGUGACCAACAUGGCUCGCGAUUCAUCCAGCAGAAGGUCGAGAUGGCGGGCGGCGACGAGAAGCAGAGGAUCUUCGACGAGAUUGUACCGCUGCAUGCGUUGCAAUUGAUUCAAGACGUCUUCGGCAACUACUCCCAGCGGGCACUACUAGCGAAGACCAUGGAGGGCCAUGUCCUGCCCUUGUCUCUGCAGAUGUACGGCUGCCGUGUGUCCAGAAGGUGUGCCGUGGAGUACGUCAACCCAGAGCAGCAGAGUGCCUUCGUGCAGGAGCUCGAGAGCCAGGUAUUGCGGUGUGUGAGGGACGCCAAUGGCAAUCAUGUCAUCCAAAAGCUGAUCGAGUGUGUGUCGCCGGAGCGUCUGACGUUCGUCAGCGCUUUCAAAGGCUAUGUGUAUGAGCUCGCAACUCAUCCGUACGGCUGCCGAGUUCUCCAGAGGUGCUUCGAGCACCUUCAGGACGACCACAUUCGCCCGUUGAUGGAUGAGCUGCACAAGCAUGUCACGCAGCUGAUGCAGGACCAAUUCGGGAACUAUGUCGUCCAAUUUGUCCUGGAGCACGGGAAGCCGCACGACCGUGCGAUCGUGGUUUCUAAGCUUCGGGGGCAGAUGCUGCAUAUGGCUCGGCACAAGUUCGCCUCCAACGUGUGUGAGAAGGCUCUCAUCACAGCAGACUCCGAGAACCGAAGAGUGCUGAUCGACGAGAUGAUGGCAUCACGUCCGGAUGGACUGAGCCCUGUCCUAGCCAUGAUGAAGGACCAGUAUGCUAACUACGUCCUUCAGCGGGCCCUGACUGUCGUCGAAGGCGAGCAGAAGGAAGCACUGAUUGCCAAUAUCAGGCCGCAGCUCAUGAACAUGAGGAGAUAUUCGAGUACCUUCAGUAAGCAUCUAACGUCCAUCGAGCGCCUCCUGGAGAAGUGCGCCUCUGACACUGUCGAAGACAAUGCGCUGAAGGAAGAGACCGCCAAAGAUUCUCAAGUUACCGCGCUAUCUUCAUCCAGCAAGUAAUUAUCGUACAUGGGACUAUAGUCACUGGAUCGGAAGCCGUCACACAUAUCCUGGUAUAAUCGCUUGCAUGAUUGAUACCCUACAUAUCCAUUUAGCUCUCUCUCUCGUACUGCUUGCAGACGCCGACAUAAUCACACCCUCUCUUUCCGAUCAGUUCAUAUUAGACUCACAUAGCUCUAUAUCGCUCCUCGCCGUUGCUAUAUCGUAUAUCGCGCAUCUUUUAGUACCUACUCCCGCAGACUAUAUCUCUCGUCGGACACAUUCGUUACUCAGGUGCUGCACACUAUGUAUAGUCACGCAGUUGCUCUCUGCUAAUGGUGGAAUAAAGUGAAUAAUAAUGAC